GUGCUGGCCAUCGCCUUAUAAUUAUAUUGGCCUGGCACACAGUCCUGGCGCUUUUGCAAACCUGUUUAUGCAAUGUAAUUGUCUGUUGUGUUACCGCGCACUGUAUGGUAUAUGCGCCAUAAUGCCUCCAAAUGCCAAACUAAGAUAACCGGUGUCGAACCUACUGAGCACUCUCGCUCGCACCCUUCAUGUUGGAGGUUGCACUCUUCUGCGGUGGCUUGCAAAGGUGCCAUUCCUAAACUCUGACGCCGUCCCAUAAGAAUCAGCCUUGCUGCUGAUGUUGCAGCGCCAUGCUUGUCCAGAUCUUAUCCCGCAUCGAUUAUGGAUGCCCUCUCGAUUGCGACUGGAGUUGUGACUUUGAUAGGCGCUGUGAGCAAGACCAUCCAGGCAGUUAAGGUUGUCUAUGGAGGCCCCGCUGAAUUGCAAGUCCUCUUCAAUGAAGUUUCAGACCUCACUGCAAUCCUCAAUGAUGUGGCAGCAAUAUUGGGUCGAAGAGUGUCGGCUGGCGAAAACGUCGAGGGUUUGGACAAUAUUGUCGUGUCGCUCCGCAAGUAGAGGACUAUACUACAAAAUCUAGAUCAACUCAUCCACCAGAUGUUAACCAAGGACAAAAUACAAAAAUAGAUGUUCCAGGCGGUAUCUACCAAAUGCGGAAACGAAGAUGGCUUGUAGCACGCCGGAAAGUCAUUACUUUUAGGAAACAAUUGUCUGUCAUGCGUGAAGAAAUGAUCGCGGUGAUACACCUCGGAAAUCUAUCCAUUGGGUCUCGAGUGGAGCUACGUCUAGCCAAUGUCAUCACUUUUAGUGAGAAUGCAAUGAGGAUGCUUACUGAGCAAAGCCAACGUAUGAGAGGACUUGUACAGGAUAUCGAAGGAAUCAAGCAGUCUGUGGGUCAGGAGAUAUCCAAGCGCAGGAGAUCGAAGUGCAACCUCUUUGGCAACCCCCGUCUUGUUGCAGCAGAAAUUGCUAUUGCGCCUGCCACAAUGUCUGCUACAAUCGUAGUCCCCAAUUUCUCGACAGACUCUUGGGGGUGCUCUUUUGGACCUACACCGGCCUGGCAAUUAUUAAACAGAACUGUGAUUCUUCAACUUGUGUCCGCAAUGAGACAUUCGCAAUACAGAUCUCCUAUUUUUUCCCUGCCUGGCGGACCUCAGGUCUCUCUAAGGACUUCUAGGAUUGUCGAUCAGUCAGCGUCAAUCUUUCACUUCACACACAUUGGAGAUCUCGAUGCCAUAAAAAGUCUUUAUUCCCAAGGGCUUGCUUCUUCGCUGGAUGUAUCACACAAGAAAUGGAAUACUCCCCUACAUAGGGAUGUCACACUGAUCGACUUUUUUAUUGCUACAGAAGCAGAUGAAGACGUUCUAGACCUAGCCCAUAGAAGCCCAGCGUCUCUUGCUUGGGACAUUAUCCUAUCACGAUCUAAAAGCAAUACUGUCAUUGAACACCUUCUCGGCUCGUUUGGCGAUUCCAGAUACAUAGAAGACUACCGCUUCUCUCACCUCCACGAAGUAGUCUUAGAUAUAAAACAUAGCAGUAUUGAAGAAGCACUAAGCCGUGAUCCUUCCUGGAUUAACUGUACCGAUACACACCAAAACACCCCUCUCCUGUGGGCAAGCCGCCGCGGAAACAAUGUCCACGUUCAAACUCUACUACAUUGUGGCGCUGAUUCCAGUAUCAAGAAUGAUGUAGGCGAGGAUGCGCUUAUCGAGUCCGUUUACUUCGGCCGUCUCGACUGUAUGCUAUCUCUUCUUCGAGCCCACGCACCUAUAUCUGAAGCUGCAGACGGAAAAAAAAAUCUUCAUCACGCAUGCAAACUCCGCGAUGAUCUCGCAUACAUCAAGUCUAUCAUCCAAAGAGGCACAGACAUAAAUCGGAAGGACUGUUUAAUCCGCACACCCUUUGCACUCGCGUCUUCAAUGAACCAUUUUCGCACAAUCAAGUAUCUUCUUGACCAUGGUGCGGAAAUUGACGCUAGGGAUGCGUACGGCUCAACCCCCCUCAUGCGAGCAGUUCGCUACGGUGCACUUGAAGCUGCUACUCUGCUCUUCUCAUAUGGGGCUGACAUCACUGCGACUGACGUUGAUAACCUCACCAUAUUGCACAAAGUAGCGCUUAGCACCGACACCUCCAUGAUGAAACUCCUCCAAACCCAAGACCUACGAGGUUUAUAUUCGGAUACACGGGAUAUUUCUGGGAAAACAGCGUAUCAGAUGCUUGUCGAACAUAAGCCGUGCGUGGAGACUCUUAUUGUAUUCACUGAGUUGCUAGAUAUUAUAAGACGUGGUGCAGAGGUAGGUGAAGUCGUCGAGCAAGUAUUUGAAAUGGAAUUAGAAUUAGAACCGGAGACGGAACAUACAUCUAUGGAAAGUAGUUUGUAUGAGUCUGAGGAUGCGCUAGAGUCAUUUUAA